AUGCCCGCGGACGAGAAGCACCUGUCCGCGCUCGACGCCCUGCUGGAGGAACCGGGCGCGACGGUCACCUAUAAGUUCCUCGCGCGCCACCUCGACAUCAGCGCCAACCUCGCCAAGAAGCUCCUCUUCGCGCACGUCUCUCGGAGCUCCGGCGCUUCCGUCGCGACGCACGUCGUCUCCGGGUGGGUCAAAUCCGGCGACGUGCGCGCACACGUUGUGAGACUCGCGAGGGGCGUCGACGGGGAGGUCGAGGCCGCGCGCAAGGCCAUGGACGAGGUCACCGGCGAGCACGUCUACUCGGUGUCGAAAGCCUCGUCCGAUCACCCCGCGCUCACCGCCGUGCCCGCGUCCAGUGUCAAGCAGACGGACGAGCUCUUCGACGCGCCCCCGGAGACUCCCAACGCGCUGCGCGAUAAUAGACACAGCGCGGUGGCGUGCGCGCUGGUCAAGCGCGCCGAGGGUCCCGCGAGGAGGGUCACCGAGAAGCCCUCGCCGCCCGCGGCACCUGCGCCUGCGGCCAAGUCGGCCUCCGCCGCGGUCAAGACCGAACCGAAGAAGACCGAGGCGAAGGGUCCCGGCCCGUUCGCCGGGUUCAAGCCCGUCGCAAAGUCGGACGUCAAGCCCGAGCCGAGGCCCGCGGCGGCCAAGCCCGCGGCCAAGCCAACCGGCGGCGGCAGGGGUGCGAUGGCCGCGAUGUUCGCGAAGGCUCCCCCCAAGAAAGCCGCCGCGCCCGCUCCCCCGCCCCCCGCGCCGAAGGAGGACGAGGACAUGAGUGACGAGGACGGGGAGGAUGACGAGGAGGAGGAGGUCAUGGAGGUGCCCAGACACAGGCGGCGCGUGUUGAUGGAGGACAGCGACGACGACGACGUCGAGCCCGCCGAGGCGGCGCCAGAGCCCGAGCCCGAGCCCGAGCCCGAGAAGAAGACGAAGGCGGCCAAGCGCAAGUCCACCGAACCCGUCGCCGCCGAGGAACCCUCGAAGGAUGAGCCCAAACCUUCCCCCGCGAAGAAGCCGUCCCCCGCGAAGAAGCCGUCCCCCGCGAAGAACCAAAUGGACAAGUUUGUGACUGCGCCGACCCCGGCGUCGGCGGCUGCGUCUGGCAAGAAGACCAAGAAAGUGGUGACCGUGAUGGACGAGGAGACCGGGGAGGAGUUUACAAAGACCAUCUGGGUGGACGAGGCUGGAAACGAGGUUCCGGAGGGCGGGGUGGGCGUCGCCGCCCCUGCGCCGGCCCAGACGUUGAUGGAUAAGUCCAACAAGUCGUCGCCGAAGAAGAAGGCGAAGUCGCCUGUGAAACCCAAACCCGCCGCAAAGCCGGCGGCGAAGGGGGGCAUCGCCGGUUUUUUCAAGAAGGCGUGA